ACCUUUUUAUUAUUUCCGAUCAAAUGAUUAUUAGCUAACCUCCGACAACUGCUAAACGACCAAACUUCACCCUUGAACGACCUCUUCAAUCUUCAUCUUUGAGCACAUUUUUGGAGAGAAAGAAAAAAAAAAAAAAUUUUAAGAGGAGAGAGAAAGAGAGUCGUUUUUUUAUUUGUUUCUUGUUGGACGCACACCGUUGUGAUUACCAGAGAAGAAGAUCACCUUCUUCUGGCCUCUUCUUUCUCUCUCUUCUUCUUAAUUCUGAUCAAAAGAAGAGAUUUUCCAUAUAGGUUAGGCCCUCAGGGCAAAUGGGUACCUUUCACAGCUUUCGAAAAGCCUAUGGAGCGCUCAAAGACUCCACCAAGGUUGGCCUUGCCAAGGUCAAUAGUGAAUUCAAGGAUUUGGAUAUUGCUGUUGUUAAGGCCACCAAUCACGUUGAGGGUCCUCCAAAGGAACGGCACGUAAGAAAAAUUUUCUCUGCAACAUCAGUACUGCAUCCACGGGCAGAUGUGGCCUACUGCAUUCAUGCUCUUGCCAGGAGAUUGUCAAAGACACGCAACUGGAUUGUUGCCAUAAAGACAUUGAUAGUUAUUCAUAGGACAUUGAGAGAGGGUGAUCCAACCUUUAGAGAGGAGCUAUUGAACUACUCACACAGAGGACAUAUUCUCCAAAUAUCCAAUUUCAAGGAUGACUCUAGUCCUCUCGCUUGGGAUUGCUCUGCAUGGGUUCGAACAUAUGCACUCUUUCUAGAAGAGCGACUUGAGUGUUUUAGGAUAUUGAAAUAUGACAUUGAGACAGAACGUUUAACUAAAACAUCACCGGGAUCAACCAAGGUGCAUAGUAGAACGCGGCUUUUGAGUGGUGAGGAGCUGUUGGAGCAACUACCUGCAUUGCAGCAGCUUCUGUUCCGCCUAAUUGGUUGCCAGCCUGAAGGAGCAGCUUACCAUAAUUAUCUCAUACAGUAUGCUUUGGCUCUGGUACUGAAAGAGAGCUUCAAAAUAUAUUGUGCCAUCAAUGAUGGGAUUAUCAAUCUUGUGGACAUGUUCUUUGACAUGUCCAAACACGACGCAGUUAAAGCUCUCAAUAUCUACAAAAGAGCUGGCCAACAGGCUGAACAGCUUGCUGAAUUUUAUGAAUUUUGUAAAGGUUUGGAUCUUGCUAGGAAUUUUCAGUUUCCAACAUUGAGACAGCCUCCUCCUUCAUUUCUUUCAACAAUGGAAGAAUAUAUUAAAGAAGCACCUCAGACAGGUUCAGUUUCAAAUAGGAGACUGGAGUAUCAGGAGACAAAUCAAGAACCUGAUAAACCCGAAGAACCUGCCCCUGAAGAAAGUGAAGAAAAAGUUAAAGAAGUUGAAGAAGCAGAAGAUAAAGAACCAAUGGUAGAUGCACAGGAAGAACCUCAUCCUAAGAGUGAGGAUGAAACUCCACCAUUAAUAUCAACUGAAGAUACUGGGGAUCUACUGGGUUUGAAUGAAAUAAAUCCAAAAGCUGCAGAGCUAGAGGAAGGCAAUGCAAUGGCUCUUGCCAUAAUCCCACCUGGUGGUGAUCCUUUGUCAACAAAUCGGGCGUUGGCUGAAAUUGGAAAUACUUCAGGAUGGGAGCUAGCUCUGGUUACCACACCGAGCAACAUUAAUAACAACCAGAUGACAGAAACCAAAUUGGCCGGUGGAUUUGACAAGCUAUUACUUGAUAGCUUGUAUGAAGAUGAUACUGCCAGGAGACAAAUACAGCUGCAGAAUGCAGGCUAUAAUACAGGGUACGGAUACGGAAUGCCUUUGCAAAAUUCAUUUGAACAGCAAGAUCCAUUUGCAAUGUCCAGUAGCAUAGCACCCCCGACCAACGUGCAGAUGGCCAUCAUGGCUCAGCAGCAGCAACAGCAUAUGAUGAUGCAGCAGCAGCAGCAGCACCAACAACAAAACAUGCUGGCAAUGGUACCUCAUCAGUAUCCAACCCAAUAUCCUCCUCAACAAGAGAUGCCAAAUAUGGGGUCUGCAAACCCGUUUGGAGAUCCCUUCAGUUACCCGCAGAGUACAAUGCCACCACAGGGAAACCACACGCUACUCUAGAGAUCAACUUCUUCUUUUGUUUUCUUUUUUCCUCUUUAAUUCCAUUGUAUUCUUUGAAUUUUUUUUUUACUAGGCUAAUCCUCUUAGUUGACAAGCUCAUUCUUUAUUUAUUCGGUACAAUGUGAUUCUUUUCAUGUUUUUUGUACUGAGAGACACUGAUUAUUGAUUCUAGACCAAAGGGUGUACCAUUUUGAUCAUUUAACAUAAUUAUGUACUUUCAUUUCAAGAUUUCCUUGACAUGCUUCAAUUCAA